ACCAUGCAAUUUCCUUCUUAUCCAGGAAGAAAAUAUGGAGCAAUCCCAACCGCAGAUCAACCUCACCAUGGACGUCUCCGUGGUCUCAUUACCACCGAACAUGGACAUCGUAGCACCCAACAAACCAUCCAAACCGUCCAUCUUAACCCGAUUUCAUGCCGGAUACUUCCGCAUAAGCCUCUCCCUCUGUAGCCAGGCCUUGCUAUGGAGGACCCUAAGCGAAACAACCGAAGACGCUCAUGCACUCCGCCGCGUGCCGUGCAUGCUUCCUUCCACAGCUUUUAUUCUAUUGUGGUCACUUGCUCUCUUCACCCUCCUCUCCCUAUCUCUACUCUACUUGCUCAGAUGCCUCUUUCACUUUCAUAUGGUGAAGGCCGAGUUCUUGCACCACGUGGGUGUGAACUAUCUCUUUGCUCCCUGGAUCUCAUGGCUCCUACUCCUGCAAUCCUCGCCGUUCAUCCAUCCGAAAGCCACUUACUAUCGCGUGCUUUGGUGGGCCUUUGCGGUACCUGUGCUAGUAUUGGAUGUUAAGAUCUAUGGACAGUGGUUCACUAAAGGGAAGCGGUUCUUGUCGAUGAUUGCCAACCCCACAAGCCAGCUAUCUGUGAUCGGGAACCUGGUAGCGGCCCGCGCAGCCGCUCUGAUGGGGUGGAAAGAGAGUGCCCUGUGUAUGUUUUCGUUGGGCAUGGUCCACUAUCUUGUUCUCUUCGUGACGCUUUAUCAACGGUCCGUAGGGAGUGAUCGGCUUCCGGCAAUGCUACGGCCUGUUUUCUUCUUGUUCAUUGCAGCGCCAAGCAUGGCCAGUCUGGCGUGGGAUUCCAUCUCGGGAAGCUUCGAUGUGACUUCGAAGAUGUUCUUCUUUCUUUCCUUGUUUCUCUUUACAUCACUGAUAUCGAGACCGCUUUUGUUCAAGAAAGCGAUGCGAAGGUUCCAUGUUGCAUGGUGGGCCUACUCCUUCCCACUGACGGUGCUGGCAUUGGCUUCGACAGAGUACGCACAAGAGGUGAAGGGCAGCAUAGCUCAUGCACUGAUGCUUGCGCUAUUGGCACUCUCUGUCGUUGUCUCCUUUGUUUUGAUGAUCUUCACCGCAUUCAACACUAGCAUUCUCUUACACAACGAUGAUCCUUUUCCAAUUCCUCCACCACACUUACCGACAACCACGUGA